GGGAACCCGCAGGAACCUCCCAGCCCAGGCACAGAGAGAGGCAGGGAACCCGCAGGAAUCUCCGGUGCAGAGAGGCUUGUGCUGCCUGGUAGCCUCUGCUCUGCUCCCCCGGACUCUUGUCUCUCGGCUGUUGUCAAGCGUGACCAUACAUGAAUGGUUCUGGUGGUCCACUCUGAGAGGUUUGAGUGGUUCUUCUGAAUAUUUUUUUUUUAAUUUGAAUCGCUAUUUUAAGUCGGGAGAGGCGGUUGAAGGAAUGUAUCCCCCCACAUGCAGCUGAGAGAGAGAGAGAGAGAGAGAGUGGGGCAGGUCCGGACAAAGUGCAGAAUGAGCUCACGCCAGGAGAGGAGUGAGUGGAACGAAGCGCAGAGACACCAGCUGUAGAGUGGGAGACGUCCACUGCAGAGGGAUUACCAAGCUGGAGCUGGGGAGCUGUCCCUAGAUGAGACGGGUCAUUGGACAGAGGCCUAAACUGUCCUGUGUCUUCACCCAUGGAGCUCAGAUCCAGGUGACAACAGGGAAUGUACCGGUCAUUUGGAGCUCAGGCUUCUGAUUACACUUCAUUCCAAGGUACUGCUGUCUCCAGACGGACAGGAAUCGUGUAACGUCUGGAGCGUCCUUGAUCUCAGAACCAUGUAGAACCAUGUGUUCUGGCAAUUCUAGAGUGAAGUUGCUUACCUGGAGAGGAAGAAUUUAAGCUUCUGGAUCUUUUAUUUUUUGGCUGGCGCUGUAAGAACUGAAACAAAGGCUGAAAUGGAUUUAUGACUCAACAUGGAAGAGCAGCUUUCUGGAAGCAUCUAGCUGCAAUAAAGCUGGCAUUAAAUGCAGAUCAUUACUGACGAAGGAGGUACAGUAAUGGUGUGAGCGAUGGAAUAACUCACUGACUCAUCUCAAGCGCAAGAAAGCAUACAGAAAUAACUACAAACAAAAAAACACAACUAAACGGUGCUCGCGCCGGACUCGUGCCUGUGCCUGCCCCCCCUGGACAUGUUCCGGCGGAAGAAGAAGCGCAGGAGGCCGGAGAUCUCGGCGCCGCGGGACUUCCAGCACCGCGUGCACACCUCCUAUGACCCGGCGCAGGGCUGCUACCUGGGCCUGCCACCCCAGUGGCAGAGCCUUAUCGACACCCUCAAGAGGCCCAAACCUAUGGUGGACCCCUCCACCAUUACCCAUGUGGAACCCGUCCCCAGGAAGACCAUUGUGCGUGGGAGCUUCAUCGGUCAUGGUGACUACAUCUCCGCUGCCCUCAAUCAGAUGGCCCGCCUCUCUGUCUCCAGUUCCAACUCUCUCCGCCGCACCAGCCCAUCGCUACGGAAACGCGCCAAGUCCAUGGGCCGCAUCGGCGAGGUCACCGAGGGCGACGGCUACCAGUACGAGGAGAUGAACGCCGAGGCACUGGCACGGGCAGGUCAGACGAGCCCGUCGGGCGACUGGCAGGAGAGGGUUUGGAAUGUGCACAGCGAGAGAGGCAGCCCGCUGGGGCCUAGCAGGACCACUGCCACGCUACAGGCCAACGGCGGCGCACCGCGCGCUAAGUCUGUGCACGAGGUGUGCCUCGACCCCUUCGCCCGCCCCAGGGCCACGCCAAGUGGUGCUGCGUCUCCACCCGAGGCCCUCAGAGGUGGGGAGAUGGGCCGCUACGCCAACAGCGAGGCAACCCGCGCUCAGCCAAUCAACAUGGCUCAAAGAAGCAGUGCAACCAAUCAGAGGCCUGCUUCCCUUUUCCUAAACCACCCACCCUCCAAUCACACGCCUACUAAGGUUAACCUCAGUCCCAAGCUUGAUGGCAUCUCCAUGGAAACCCCAAGGAGGCCUCACUCGACUUAUGACUUCAAGACAAACUCUAUGGGCAUUGCAGCCAUCUCUCGGCCCAAUGGCACCAGCACCCCAAAGUCUUCCCAACGAUCGUCCCUCCAGCCGGCCUCACACCCUUUCUCUAGUCUGUCCAUGGGGCCCCCUACAGGCCGGAGUGACACUGCACCUCUCCCCAAGUACUCCAGCCACCUCCAGGGCCCGAGGGAGGAAGGCCAGCGUUCCUCCCCAGCAGGAGCUCCGUCUACUGGGCCAGCGGGUCCUGGAUCCCCCUGCCUCCGUCCACCGAAAACACUAUCCCCAUCCCCCGAUCAAGAGCCACCUAAGGUGACCCACGAGCAGUUCAAGGCGGCGCUGCAGAUGGUUGUGGAUAAGGGCGACCCGCGUGCCUACCUGGAGAACUUUGUCAAGAUCGGCGAAGGUUCGACUGGUGUGGUGUGUAUCGCCCGGGAGAGGCACACAGGUCGACAGGUCGCCGUGAAGAUGAUGGACCUACGCAAGCAGCAGAGGAGGGAAUUGCUCUUUAAUGAGGUGGUGAUCAUGAGAGACUACAGGCAUAGGAAUGUGGUGGAGAUGUUCAAGAGUGCACUUGUGGAGGAAGAACUGUGGGUGAUCAUGGAGUACCUGCAGGGCGGCGCUCUCACCAACAUCGUCUCAGAAACCAGGCUAAAUGAGGAACAGAUCGCUACCGUGUGUGAGGCAGUCCUUCAGGCGCUGGCUUAUCUACACUCUCAAGGAGUUAUCCACAGAGACAUCAAGAGUGACUCCAUUCUCCUGACCGUAGACGGGAGGAUAAAGCUGUCCGAUUUUGGCUUCUGUGCUCAGAUCAGUAAGGACAUCCCCAAGAGGAAGUCCUUGGUGGGGACGCCAUAUUGGAUGGCACCAGAGGUUGUUUCCAAGACGCCGUACGGCACUGAGGUGGAUAUCUGGUCCUUGGGCAUCAUGGUGGUGGAGAUGGUGGAAGGAGAGCCACCGUACUUCAGCGAGACACCCGUCACCGCCAUGAAAAAACUGAGGGACGAACCCGCACCCACUGUCAAGAACACACACAAGGUCUCCCCAGUUCUGAGGGACUUUUUGGGCUCGAUGCUGACCCGGGACCCCAAGGAGCGGGCCAGUGCUGCGGACCUCCUCCAGCACCCGUUCCUCCUGCAGAGCGGCACACCCCGAUGCCUGGUGCCCCUCGUGGAGCAGUUCCGCAAGAGGAUGUCACUCUGCUGAGGAAUAUUUACCCCUGCUGACGCCUAUUUGCCCCUGCUGAGGCUUACUUAUUUGCCUCUUCUGAGAUCACAUGCUGUUAGUAGUACCUGUCAGCAACAAUACAUCAUCUGUAGGGUAAAACUAACCUGUCUCACAACGGUCUAAUUGCUGCUUGUUUAUGUGUGUGUGUGAGAGAGAGAGAGAGAGAGAGAGAGAGAGAGAGAGAGAGAGAGA